AUGCUGGUGCUGUUGCUCACCUUCAUCUACCUCGUCCUCCGGCUCAGGCGCAAGGACAGCAAGCCGCACACGCUCCCGCUCCCGCCAGGCCCAGCGCCGUGGCCGGUGGUGGGCAGCCUCCCGGAGAUGAUGCUCAACAAGCCCGCGUUCCGGUGGAUCCACCGCACGAUGGAGGAGAUGGGCACCGACAUCGUCUGCGUCCGCCUUGGCGGCGUCCACGUCGUCGCCGUCACCUGCCCAACCAUCGCCCGCGAGGUGCUCAGGAAGCAGGACGCCACCUUCGCCUCCCGCCCGCUCACCUUCGCCUCCGCCGCCUUCAGCCGCGGGUACAAGAACGCCGUGCUGUCGCCGUUUGGGGACCAGUGGAGGAAGAUGCGCCGGGUGCUCACCUCCGAGAUCGUCUGCCCGUCCCGCCACCGGUGGCUCCACGACCGCCGCGCCGACGAGGCUGACAACCUCACCCACUACGUCUACAGCCUCGCCACCACCACGAAGGGGUCAUCGUUGGGCAGUGGCGCCGUGGACGUGAGGCACGUCGCGAGGCACUAUUGCGGCAACGUCAUCCGCCGGCUCCUAUUCGGCAGGCGAUACUUCAGUGAGCCCGGACGCCGCGAUGGCGGGCCGGGACCCAUGGAGGUGGAGCACAUGGACGCCUUGUUCACAUCUCUCGGGCUGCUCUACGCGUUCUGCGUCUCCGACUACCUUCCCUGGCUGCGGGGCUUCGACCUCGACGGCCAUGAGAAGAUGGUCAAGGAGGCCAACGCAACCAUGAACCGGCUGCACGACGCCGUCAUCGACGAGCGGUGGGGGCAGUGGAAGUCCGGCGAGAGGAAGGAGCUUGAUGACUUCCUCGACGUGCUCAUCACGCUCAAAGACGCCGAGGGGAAGCCGCUGCUCACCAUCGAGGAGAUCAAAGCACAGUCUCAGGACAUAACCUUUGCAGCCGUUGACAACCCAUCGAACGCGGUGGAGUGGGCCCUGGCAGAGAUGGUGAACGCGCCGGAGGUGAUGGCGAAGGCGAUGGAAGAGAUGGACCGCGUGGUGGGCCGGGAGCGGCUGAUGCAGGAGUCAGAUAUCCCCCAGCUUAGCUACGCCAAGGCGUGCAUCCGAGAAGCAUUUCGGUUGCACCCUGUUGCACCUUUCAACGUGCCGCAUGUUGCACUCGCCGACACCAACGUCGCCGGUUACCACAUACCCAAGGGAAGCCAUGUCAUCCUCAGCCGCACUGGACUCGGCAGGAACCCGACCAUCUGGGAUGAGCCGCUCCGCUUCAUGCCAGAGCGCCACAUUAAUACGACCACGCAUGAUGUGGCACUCACAGAGAACGAGUUGAGGUUCAUCUCCUUCAGCACCGGCCGUCGUGGGUGCGUGGCGACAUCGCUUGGGACGGCAAUGUGCAUGAUGCUCUUCGGCAGGCUUCUGCAAGGGUUCACUUGGAGCAAGCCAGUAGGAUUGGCGGCUAUAGAUCUCAGCGAGUCAGAACAUGACGUGUUCCUGGCCAAGCCAUUGGUGAUGUAUGCUAAGCCACGUCUGCCAGUGCACCUCUACCAUGCCGCAGCCAUCUAA